AUGAAUUCUCGGCAGCGCGGGUUCGAUACGUUUUACGACGACCAGGUCGCAGCCCGUCGACAGUUUUACGCGCGAGAGAACACCGUCAAUCGCAUCAACGACUUCGCCGUUCUUGUUACCGUCGCCACGCUUGCGGUGACUUUGCUGGCCAAGUUUUGCAGCCCCGACGGAUCGAUUGAGGGCAUCUUUUCGCUGCUUGGCGGUUUUCUAUGGGACGCGCUGGUGUUUCUGAUCCCCUCGCCGCUACUCUUCGCACUCGACAGCUGGAUGGAUUCUUCCACGACACAACCGAUGCGCGAUACCACGAACCAAAGCACUUAUGCUGCUAAAAGCGGAGCCUUGCGGAGGGUCAUGGGCUUGGAUCGCCAGGAUGGCGUCAUGAACUCGGUCCUUCGAGCCAGAACAAGAGCGCUGUCCAUGACGGGAAGUGUUCUGGGCCUGAAGAUCGAAUCCGACCGGCCGGCUGGAUUGGGGAACCGAGAUAAUUCAUGCUAUCAGAAUAGCGUUCUUCAGGGUCUGGCCUCUCUGCACUCGAUGCCCGACUAUCUCGCGGCGUGUCUUAGGGGAGUGGAUGAGACUGGACAUGCUGCUGAUGACAAUGUAGCACACACGCUGCGAAUGCUCAUUGCAGAUCUGAACGAUGUUUCAAAUAACGGGAAAACCCUUUGGACGCCUUCUCUGCUGAAAUCGAUGAACACGUGGACGCAACAAGACGCGCAAGAGUACUAUUCCAAGGUGUUGGACGAUGUCGAAAAAGGAGCAGCGUUGGUGGCGAAGAAGCUAUCUUCUGAUAAACUCAUGGGGCUGGAAACCGGCGAGUAUAACAGCGCGGACGAAGGUUCACCCAGCGAGCAUAGCGACGACAGCGGUUAUCAAAGCCAGUCGUCAAGCUCCAGGACGGACUCGAAAAGAAUUGUGCGAAAUCCAUUGGAAGGUCUUCUGGCUCAGAGAGUGGCCUGCGUGCAGUGCGGUCAUUCAGACGGGCUGUCCAUGAUUCCAUUCAACUGCCUGACUCUCAGCCUUGGGCUUGACAAGAACCAUCACGAUUUGUAUGAACGACUGGACUCAUAUAGCAAGGUCGAGGCAAUCGAGGGAGUCGAAUGUCCGAAAUGCACCCUACUGAAAGCACAGAGACUCCUUACCAAGCUCGUGGAGAGGCUACAGUCGGGGGGCUCGACAAAAGAGCAAUUAGCUGAGCCCCUGCGCAGAUUGGAAGCUGUUCAAACAGCCCUGGAAGAAGACGAGUUCGACGAGGAGACGAUCAAAGAUCGUUGCAAAAUCUCUGCGCAAGGCAGGGUUAGUGUGACCAAGACGAAGCAGAUGGUGAUAGCGCGGCCGCCUCAAAGCCUAGCCAUCCACGUCAACCGAUCCGUCUUUGACCCGUCCACCUUUAACAUGAUAAAGAAUUCUGCACCCGUGAGCUUCCCGAUGACGCUGGAUCUAGGUCCAUGGUGCCUGGGAAGUGCCGAGCCAGUAAAGCCCGUGAACGAAAAGGCUACAGAAGACAAGGACGACAAAGACGGCGAGGAGCAGUGGCAGCUGGACCCCAUGUCUUCUAUGGUUGCGGGGGACUUGGGAGAGUCGAGGUUGACGGGGCCAAUCUACGAGCUGAGAGCAGCAGUAACGCAUUACGGGCGGCAUGAAAAUGGGCACUACAUCUGCUAUCGUAAAUAUCCGCCUCUCAGGCCAGAAAGCGUUGAUGGUGCAGACAACAAAGAAGCUGACUCGCCCGAGGCGGUUGCUGACAGCGUUACCGACGACAAGCCAGCAGACCCGAACGCAGAUGCAGAUGAGACAACAGAGAAGAACACUAGCCAAGCAGACAGAGAUUCUUGGUGGAGACUCAGUGAUCAUAAUGUGUCACAAGUCAAUGAAGAAACUGUCAUGAGCUUGUCUCCCGGAGUGUUUAUGCUAUUCUACGACGACGGCGUUGGUGUGAGAUUUCAAAAACAGGAUCAGUGGGAUAUGGAUUUUUGGCGUCAACAAUAUGGGGGGGAGAGCGCGUUUAAUGGGAACUUGAUCGGUAGAUGUUAA